AUGAGAAAUUUAUUAAAGAGAGCUGAUUUGUUAGUAACUCCUUAUGAGUUCAAUGUCAAUCAAAGACAAAAAUCCUUAACAGUUAUUGGUAUGUACAAUUUGUUAUACGAGGUGGAGUGCUUACAAUAUUCGUUGGAAUAUUUAGUAUAAUUUAUAUGAUUGGAGUCAUUUAAAAAGCACUUUCAGAUUAAGAAACUGUUUAUGUUGGUACCCAGAGUACAAUUAAUAAUUAAUCAUAUAUAAACAGUAACAACACUAUAUUUGCAUUUGAGGUUUCAGAUUAAAAUGGAAAUAUUUUUGAAAAUAUAUCUGAAAUUCAAUAGUAUAAAUAGUUUAAUAUUAGAUACAUUCAAAUAAAUGUUUAGUAUGUAGAAUAAAAGAGGGAUGCGUCUAAAAUAGGAUAUGAAAGAAAUUCAACCAAUCUAAAGUUAAAAAAUUGUGAAACUACCACAGUUGAAAAAUUUAAUUUUGAUGUAAUUACAAUCUCAAAUUCUUAAAAACAAAAUCUUUAAUGUGCAGAUGGAGAAUACACAAUAACAGGAUAAUAUUUUGAUGCUUACUUUUCUUAUUUGAAGGUUUAAGUCAAAGCUUGCAAAAAUACCACAGAUAUCAAUUGCAAAUCAUAAGAUGAAAUCCAAUCAUUUGUAAAAAACGGGUAUUAUAGUGAUUAAUUGGUGUAGAGUCAAUGUAGAUUUGUUUGUAAAAGGAUCAAGACUUAGAUAAUAAUUCAAUCUUUCAUCUCCUAUAGAAGCAUAUCCUACUAAUGUCUUUUGGAAAUUAGUGCUUGGAAUGUCAAACAAUGAAGAUAUUUUUAUUAUGCCUUUUUCCAUGGAUUUAAGUAAUGUAUAUAUCAAUUAUAAGAAAGCAAUUCAAUAUUUUAUGACUUAAUGAAUAUAAAAUUGGAAGAAACACUAUUUUAAACUACUACUUUUCAUAAAUAGGAAAGAAGAUUAGAACCUAUAGAAUUUACAGAAGGAUCAACAUUGUGUUCUUUUUAUAUAAGAUCCUCACCUGACAAUUAAUAUUAUUUUAUUACUUAAUCGGAUCUCUUUACUAUUUUUAGCUCUUCAUUAUCUGAAGCUACAGCCUUAGCAGUUGCCAUAAUGAGUUUCCUCAAGAUCUUUUAUCAUAGUUAUAAUCAACAUAAAACCUUUGCAGUUCUUAUGAACUCUGUUUUUAAAUUUGAUUUAGAAAGUGUCAAAAAAAAGAGACAAUCUUCUAUUUAUCAGUCAGAUUAAUCUGGAACUAUAUUUUAAUAAAGAACUUCCACUACUCCUAUUAAAACAGGAUAAUUAUAACAAGUAUGAGUAAUAAUAAAUUAGAUAUUAAAUUUUGAAAUAUCCUAUUCUUUUAUCUAGUACAUAAAAUACUUAAUUUAAAAAUGGUUCAGAUCUAUAUAACGUUAUAAUUUCUUUAAAACUGAAAAAGAAAUCAUCAUAUCUUAGAUAGCAAAAUCAAAAAUUCAAUAUGAUUUAGAUCUAACAAAUAUUCUGAAGAAACUCUAUGAGAUCGACUGCUUGAAAUUAUUCUUUUUUGAUGAUGAUUAAUUAGUUUUAUUUAAUACAUUCUGUUCUCCAGUUUUUCAAGAUGGAAUGGCUAACUAAAAGGAUUUAUUCGAUAUUCUAACAAAUUAAUAAUAAUAAUCAAAGAAACUGCUAUCCAAUUCAUAAUUAUCUGAAAAAGAUAAAAGAUUAGACUUGACUUUUGUUGCUAGUUCAGAGAGUAUAUUUAUUAAAUACGAUUGUUAGUACCAAUUAAUGUUCGUUUAGCAAAAGUAGCUAGAUUUUUUAAAGCUUAAUUAGGAGCUUCAAAUGCAGAAGGAUUGGUUCGAACCUUUCAGAGAAUCAAUGAGAAUCUAAAUUAGAACUCAGCAUUGAAUUAGAAGUUGUUAAGCUUUGCCAAAUAGAAUUCCAGUCUAUUCCGUUUGGUUUAGAGUUAAUAUGAGGGCAUCUAAUAAAAGUAGCUUCAAAAUCAAGUUCCAGAUGAAAUUAACAGCUAAGAGAAGUAGAAUUCAGGGGGAAAAGAUUCAGCUUGGAGUAUGGAAGUUCAGAGUUACUAAUUGGAGAGUGGUAAACGACCAAAAGAAGCAGAAGAAUAGAAUAUAUAAUAGGAUUGA